AUGGCAGACACAGUCUCAUACCCGGUUCUGCCGCAGAAGCUUUUGAUUAUCUCUCUGAAAAUGUACUUUACCCCAUCCCGCACAUUGCAGUAUCUCCGAGACCUGCUCGACCCCAAGAAUGAGAUUGUUCUCGCCAAGAACCGCUCCAAACUGCUCCUAGCGCUGAUCCCUGAUUUCUUGACGGUGUAUCCAUCUGCGGAAAUCAUUCGCGAAUGGGAGUCGAAGUUGCCUAAGGGCGACGAUGAUGAUGAUGAUCAUCAUCUUGCAGAAAAGAAACUGCCGCCGCCGUUUUUGCUGGGUGCUCAGGACGCCUUUUGGGAAGAUCUAGGCGCUUAUACUGGCGAGGUAUCGCCCUUGGCUCUGCGGGAAAUUGGCGCUUCGAUUGUUGAGUUGGGACAUGCGGAGCGACGCGCCAUCUUUGGGGAGACGGAUGAAGUCACGGGCAAAAAGGCGGCGGCUGCCUCCAAGCAAGGCCUGAUUCCGCUCGUAUGUAUUGGCGAGUUGAGUGCUCCUGGUCCGGUUGCGUCUGAGGCCGUGGGCCGCGCGGUUGGCGAAUGUGAGGCGCAGGUUCAGGCUGUCCUGAAGGCCCUUCCGGCUCAUGCUCCUGUGAUCUUUGCCUAUGAGCCUGUCUGGGCUAUCGGGAAGCCGCAGCCUGCAGGCGUCGACCAUGUUUCGGCCGUCGUAGAUGGUAUACGUGCGGUGAUUGGGAAGCGGGAUGGCGAUGUCAGGGUGUUAUAUGGCGGUAGUGCCGGCCCUGGUCUUUGGAGUCAGGGUGGACUGGGCAAAGCUGUCGACGGCAUGUUCUUGGGCCGUUUUGCUCACCAGGUCGAAGGCGUUAGGAAGGUUGUCAGAGAAGUCGAGGAGACUCUCUCGUAG